AUGAAACAAUCAUCGUUGACUGCGUUUAUGGGAGGAAAGAAAGCAACCACAGUCAAGAAAGAGCAAGGAGAAAAGAGAAAGAGAAAAGAAGAAGAAACCCAUCAUCAACACGAUCGGAAGAAGCUUCUUCGGAGUAAAUCAACAACCGUCAUUCAAGAAGUAAAAAAACGAAAACUUGUGGUGGAUGAUGAAACCGAUGAUCAUCAUGAUGAGGAAGCUCAAGAGGAAGAAGAUCAUGAACAAAUAGCUGAGGAAAAAGCAAAUGAAGAAGAAGAUGUAGUAGCACAUUAUUCCUCCGAAGAAGAAGAAGACGAGGAAGAUGAAAUAGAAGAAACAGGUGAGGACAUGGAUGCUACAACAACCUCAUCAUCCUUCAAAGCCUCAAGUUCAAAGAAAAAUUCUAAAGCUCCAAACUUUGAAUAUCAUUCCUAUGAUCCCAUUGCAAAUGCAACUUGGAAAUCAGGAACAAGUACUCCAUAUUUAUUUCUUGCAAAAACUUUGGAUCAAAUCUCUAAAAUUGGUUCCUCCAUUAAGAAGACAGAAUUGUUAUGCAAUUGUUUUAGAAGUAUAAUUGCUGUUUCACCCAAUGACCUACUCUAUGCUGUUUAUCUUUCCAUUAACAAAUUAGCACCUGCUCAUUUAGGUAUUGAACUGGGUGUGGGAGAAAGUUUGAUUCAGAAGGCGUUGGCUGAAGCCACUGGAAAAUCAUUGAAGAAAAUUAAAGAGUUGAGUGCAAAGGAGGGAGAUUUAGGAUUGGUAGCAAAUGCUGCAAGAAGUACUCAGAAAACAAUGUUCAAACCUAAAUCAUUGACGAUUAAGAGUGUUUUUGAUUCAUUCAAGUUCAUUGCAACCACAGAGGGUAAAAAGAGCAUGAACACCAAAGUAGAAAAAAUCAAACUUUUACUGGUCUCAGCAGUAGAUGUUGAACCAAUGUUUAUCAUUAGAUCACUACAAGGAAAAUUGAGAAUUGGUUUGGGAGAGGAAACUGUGUUGAUUGCUCUUGCACAUGCCGUUCUUCUUAGCAAAAAAUCAAAAAAGUCUCUGGAUGAAAAUGACUUGAAAUUUGCAAAAGAAACUCUUAAAUCUGUAUAUAGUGAAAUACCAAGCUAUGAUGACAUUAUUCCUGCCAUGUUAGAACAUGGUUUUGAAAAAUUACCAGAAAUUUGUCAUCUCAAACCAGGAUUUCCUGUUCGACCCAUGUUGGCAAAGAGUGCAAAAGGAGUUCAAGAACUGUUUGACAGAUUUGGAGAUAAAGAAUUUACCUGUGAAUUUAAAUAUGAUGGAGAGAGAGCACAAAUUCACAUGUUGCCAGACAAGACCAUCAAAAUUUAUAGCAGAAACAUGGAAAAUCAUACUGCCAAAUAUCCAGACUUAAUCCAAUUAAUGCCCCAUGUUAUCAAAGAAACCGUUACUAGCUUUAUCAUUGACUGUGAAGUUGUUGCCUAUGAUCGAGUUGAAAAGAAGAUCAAACCUUUCCAAGUUCUCAGCACAAGAGGAAGAAAGAACAUUAAUAUCAAUGACAUCAAAGUACAAGUAUGCUUGUUUGCAUUCGAUUUAUUAUAUCUCAAUGGAGAAUCCUAUUUAAAGAAGACACUCAAAGAACGAAGACAAGCUCUUCAUGAAAAUUUCACAGUAACAGACGACAAGUUUCAAUUUGCCUCAAGUAGAGACACUUCAGAUCCUAAUGAUAUUCAAAUAUUCUUGGAUGAAUCCAUAAAGGGUAACUGUGAAGGUUUGAUGGUGAAAACACUCACAGAAGAUGCAACUUAUGAACCAUCGAAAAGAUCUUUCAACUGGCUCAAACUCAAGAAGGAUUACAUUGAAGGUCUUGGAGAUUCGGUUGAUUUAGUAGUGAUUGGGGGUUAUAAGGGAAAAGGAAAAAGAACGGGUGUCUAUGGUGGAUUUUUGUUGGCUUGUUAUGAUCCUGACUCUGACCAGUAUCAAUCUAUAUGCAAGAUUGGAACUGGUUUUUCAGAUGAAAUGCUUAAACAAUGCACGGACACAAUGGAUCGACAUAUCAUUCCAAGUCCUAGACCAUACUACGCUUGGAAGGAAAGCCAACGACCUGAUGUAUGGUUUGACGCACAAGUGGUUUGGGAAAUCAAGGCUGCCGACUUGACAAUUUCUCCUGCCCACAUGGCUGCUGUUGGCCUCGUAGAUGAAUCAAAAGGAAUUGCUCUCAGAUUUCCUCGUUUUAUACGUGCAAGAGAAGACAAAAAGCCUGAACAAGCAACAACAUCGGAGCAAAUUGCUGAUCUUUUUAAUUCUCAAGCUGUUAUUGCUCAAAACAAAAAGCAACAAGCCACCCUUAAACAUUUGUAA